UUGCUCCUACUUUUCCCAGUCUCUGUUUGUUUCUAGUCCUCCUGGUUUUGACCCUUGCCUGUCCUAACUUCAAACCACUCUGCCUGUUCUGACUACCAGCCUGCCUAUCCCCUUGUACUGUUUUGGACUCGGAUCUGGUUUCUGACCCCUUCCUGGCCUGCCUCGAGACUGCCUAUCGCCUGGUACUGUUUGGACUCUGACCUGGUUUUUAAACUCUCACCUGUCCUCGACCUGCCUUUGCCUACUCCCUUUGUAAAAAUAAAUAUAGGAGCUCAGCCAUCUGCCUCCUGUGGCUGCAUUUGGGUCUUGCCUUGUGCCUUUAUAAUGUGGACAUUCUGAAAGUAGUUUGAGGUCAGUAGGUCACACGACCAAGGAGCCAUGACCAAGGAGAAAAAAUUAUGUAAAAUCGUGUGAGAUGAAAAUGGACAAACUAAAGGGUGUGCAAUAUAGAAGGGUAGUCAGUGGACAUUUUGAACCUUGUUUGAGGUCAGUAAGUCACAUGACCAUUGAAAUUGUAAUGUAAAAAAAGUUAUUACUUUGUUUAUGCUCCCAAACUAAUUCAACUCAGAAUACAAAAUGCUGCUCACAUUUCCAUAUUUUUAUUAUUUUUAUUAUUAUUAUGUCCAAAUUGUGAACAUUUGGAGUCUGUGGCUCAAGUGAUUUGAAAGCUAUUGAGGUUGGAAAGUGUGAAUAUCCGUCAAAUUUCCAACUUGAAACUUGUCUUUACCUCGGUCACAAGUGUAGGUCGCUCUUUUCAGGUCAAACUUGGCAAGUGUAGAUGCAGAUUUGAAUUUUAGUGUAAAUACUCUCGACUCGACGUCUAGAUCGAUGUUGUCCAGUAGAUUUCCACUUGUUAGUUGGGUAAAGUUAGUUAUAAAUGGCGUUUUAAUUAUACCUUCCUGACUGUGUGCUAUUGUCAAGGGCGUGGCAUGACUAUGAAUACGUUUAGGAACAGUGACUGUCCAAAUACUUAGAUACAAAUGACUAAUUCGGAUCUGUGUUUAGAGUCAGAAAGCUGUCAUUUUUCGACAUGGCUACGCUAUUUGUCAUAGUAAUGACAGGCGUGUGUGCGCCAUAGAAAUAAGAACGGAUAGAAAGGGCGUUUCCAUUCAAGUCAAUGAUGGAAUAAUGGGUGGAAUGGCAGCCAUUUUGCAAAGAAAUAAAUGCCAUUGCAUGAGUCACAUCAGUUAGCAUUAUUUUAAUUAACGAUCUACAUUACCAUGGCAAUCCAGCAUCAGUUGAUGAAACAUUCCACAAUGUUAUGAAAAUUAUUGCAUCACAAUAACAGGCAGCCAUUGCAAGUGUACCCAUGAAUUUACCAGUCAAUUGCCAGGGUUAGAGCUUCAAAGUCUGUUCUAUUCAUUCUUAUUUCUAUGGUGUGCGUAAUGGUUUAGGCUGAUUGGUGGUGGUGCUCCUGCUUCCCAUCACUCAGAAGUUAUGUAACAACCUAAGGUGAUGACAACAAUGUGUCGUCAUGGAAGUUUCACAGUUGCUUUGAAUGUUCAAAAUCAUUGUGUAAAAACACUUCUAAAGCCUCAAAGGACAAAGAUGAUUCAACUUUCAAAAUGGUCCUUUUUGGCCAAAACUACCUAGGUACCUGUUGCACAUUCACACCUAGGUACCUGUUGCACAUUCACACCUAGGUACCUGUUGCACAUUCACACCUAGGUACCUGUUGCACAUUCACACCUAGGUACCUGUUGCACAUUCACACUUUUAAAAAAAACCUUUAUUUAACAAGGCAAGUUAGUUAAAGAACAAAUUGUUAUUUACAAUGACAGCCUACACCGGCCAAACCCAGACAACGCUGGGCCAAUUGUGCGCUGCCCUAUGGGACUCCCAAUCACAUCUGGUUGUGAUACAGCCUGGAUUCGAAACAGUGUCUGUAGUGACACCUCUACCACUGAGGUGCAGUGCCUUAGACCGCUGUGUCACUUGGGAGCCCAAUUUUGAAGAUAAUUAGCUACCACAUGUUCUUGUCAAACUGUCAGAGUAGCUAGCAAGAUAUGACAAGAUAUGCCAAAAUUAGUCUAAACGACUUGAAAUAAAUCAGAUUUGAACAUUCAGAUCACAGAUUUGUAUCUGACUUGAAAUGUGUCCUGAAAUAUCUGAUACCAUGUGCUUUUUGGCUGUUUAGACUGCAGGAUGAAGAACAGAUUAUAAUUGGAUGAGUCACUUCAAACUGCCAAUGCGACCAUGGCUUUACAGACUGCCACUUAGUCUGUAUAUAUUUUAUGUCGUUUCAGGUUUUCAUUUUGUGCUUGUAUUUGGAAAGGAUUGUGGUCCAGCAGAAUACAAAACUAAUGAUGGUCAGUGCUGCCCAAUGUGUAAUAAAGGCUUGGUGGUCCGGAGAGAUUGUACAAUAGAGUCCAGCACAUCUUGUAUACCCUGUAUCAGAGGGACCUUCAUGAACGAGGCCAAUGGUCUAACCAAGUGCUUUCCCUGCAGUUCCUGUGACCCAGGACAGGGCCUGUUCACUCAGACAGAGUGCAAACCAACAAGUAACACAGUCUGCCACGUUCUAGAUGGAUACUACUGUAGAAGCUACUCAUCCAACUCUGAGUGUAGCUUUGCAGUAGGACAUACACACUGUUCACCGGGACAGAGUACUAAAUCACCUGGUACAAAGACAACAGAUACCAUGUGUGAGGAGUGUCAGCAUGGCUUUUACUCACAAUAUGGUGUGAACUGCACUGCUUGGACUGAUUGUGCAGCAAUGGGACGCAUGAAGACUGAAGAUGGACAUUCUAGACAAGAUGUUAUUUGUAACAAAGUGCCACUAAGGAUCCAUACCACUCUAAUAGUUCCAAUAUUAUUAUUAGUCCUAACAGUUGCUGCACUGUUUGGUGUCUACCUGGCAAGAGCUAAACGUAAGAAAGAGUUACAUGGAUUCUAUGAGGUUCCUGUGCAAGAAACGGGACAUCUACAAGUAUCUACCAGUAACUCCCUAGAGGAAACAGCAGAGAAUGUGCCUGGUAAUGUUGUAACUGAUUGACAGUCAGCAUCCACCAAACUCAGAUGAAGUGCCAUGAAUGCAUGCAGAUACUCAGAAGGCUGUUCUCAUGAAUCGAGUACUUAUGAACUGCAAUGUAUUUUCUCCUGCAUUUUGACUUUAAGUAUACUUAUCUGGAGUGGACUGUUGAAUACAGUGAAUGCCAAGAGUGUGCAAAGCUGUCAUCAAGCAAAGGGUGGCUACUUUGAAGAAUCUCAAAUAUAAAAUGUAUUUUGUACUUUUUGGUUACUACGUGAUUCCAUACGUGUUAUUUCAAAGUUUUGAUGUCUUCACUAUUAUUCUACAAUGUAGAGAGUAGGUAGGUGUGUCCAAACUUGACUGGUGCUAUAUGUGUAUAAAAAGUAUACAGUAAAGUAUUUGGUCCCAUAUUCAUAACACACAAUGACUACACACAAUGACUACACAAUGACUACACACAAUGACUACAACAUGCUUGUUUGUUUUGGUUGUGUUUCAGAUUAUUUUGUGCCCAGUAGAAAUUAAGGGUAAAUAAUGUAUUGUGUCAUUUUGAUGUCACUUUCAUUGUGUUUAACAAUUAAAUGUUUCUAAACACUUUUAUAUUAAAGGGGAACGGAAACACUAGGAUUUAGAACGCCAUACAGUUCAUGUUUGAAUUGUUGUUGCCAUCUUCAUUGUCUGCACCUAACCUCACUCUCUUCCAUUCACUCUCCGCGCGAAAAAUCAAUUACCACAGACAAUUUGCUUGAUUCCUGCCAGUGACGCACUGGCGUCAGUUGUUACUAUGGCAAUAGCUAAAAUUAACCUUGUCGCCGAUCAAAAUACUAAAUAGAGAUGUUUUUAAGUUAAAUGAACAUGUUUAAUAUAAGUGGUUUGAGUACCGCUCUUUGUUAAGAUUUACUUCCUAAAGGGUUUCUUUUCCCUUAUGUGGAUUCUUCCAUGAUUACGGAUAAUCCUGAAUGAAUCGUGAAUAAAAUUAAUAUAUUACUCCUCA